AUGAUUCUUAUAAACACAAAAAAUCAGACUCCAAGCACAAUUAUGAUUCAUCCAAGUACGACAACUCCAAGUCCAACUCCAAAAACAAUGAUUCUUAUAAACAUGAAAAAUCAGAUUCCAAGAAAGAUUAUUAUCCAUCUAAAUACGACAACUCCAAGUCCAAGACCGAUGACUCCUACAAACACAAAAAAUCAGACUCCAAGAACAAUUAUGAUUCAUCCAAGUACGACAACUCCAAGUCCAAGAACGACGAUUCUUACAAAUACAAAAAAUCAGACUCCGAUUAUGAUUCAUCUAAAUACGACAACUCCAAGUCCAAGAACGAUUAUGAUUCUUAUAAGUAUACAAAAUCAGACUCCAAGAAAGAUUAUGAUUCAUCUAAAUACGACAACUCCAAGUCCACCUCCAAGAACAAUUAUGAUUCAUCUAAAUACGACAACUUCAAGUCCAAGACCGAUGAUUCCUACAAGUAUGAAAAAUCAGACUCCAAGAAACAUUAUGAUUCAUCUAAAUACGACAACUCCAAGUCCAAGACCGAUGAUUCCUACAAGCAUCAAGAAUCAGACUCCAAGAAACAUUAUGAUUCAUCUAAAUACGACAACUCCAAGUCAAAGUCCAAGAACAAUUAUGACUCUUAUAAGUAUAAAAAAUCAGACUCCAAGAAAGAUUACGAUUCAUCCAAGUACGACAACUCCAACUCCAACUCCAAGAACGAUUAUGAUUCUUAUAAACAUGACGAAUCUGAUUCCAAGAAAGAUAAUGAUUCAUAUAAACAUGAAGAAUCAAACUGAAUAA